AUGUCUAUUAGUGUUGUUGCAAAUGCACGCAUGGGGUAUUUUUUUUUAAUCAAGUAUAUUCCAAAACUUGUGAUAAUUUCGGCGCAUAAAAAAGUUGCCAAGCUAAGUUUGUUGUUGCGAUAAGUGUAUGAAAAAUUUGGGGGCUGCGCUCCCGGCACAAGUUCGUCGGUAGUACUAAGUUGGAUUUAUUUAUUUAUUUAAAUCAGGAAAUUUACACACAAUUUUAACAGCAGCUAAAAGAAAGAAAGAAUCAAAAGAAAAAGGAACAAAAGCAAUGAAGAGACUUGGUUACGUGUCAUGUGUGUGCGUGUGCGGUGUCAAGAAUAGCAAGAGGUGAUAUUUCCAUUCUUUCUUAAACUUACUAUAUAGAGGACACUUACAAGAGUUCAAAUCUUUGAACCAGAGAAUUUAAAAGAACUUUUUUAUCUAAAUUAGUGAAUACUCUCGGUCUAAAAAGCUAGGUUUAUUCGUAAAUUUUGUACUGUUAUAAUUGUACAUAUGAGAGAGCAAAGUUAGGACACCAAAGAAGACAUUUGCAAUGCUAUCGGUUUCAUUCUCAAUCUUAUGUGUAACUAAGGCAGCAAGUUAAGUUAUCUAUAUUUGAGACAUAUUAUCUAAUCCAACACUUCCUAAGAACUUGCAUUAAAUCGGGAGCGGCACGUUACCUAACAUGUGUAAAGAAGAUGGUUUCACAGACACUUAUGUUGCUUAAGAUCAGAAUACAAUUUAGUCUGGUACUGCUGGCACAGCCCCAAAAAGUAAUUUCAUAGCUUAAAUACGGAUAUAUCAAAGCACAAUAUAUUUGUUUCAGCAUAUUAAAAAAGAACAGCGAAAAGCAUAUCGCUAUUAUAGGUAAUGGUAAUACCUAAACAUGGAUGAGUUGCCAGAGUCAAUGCAGACAUUUUCUGACCAAUAAGAAUUUUGGAUUCUUUCGUGUUCGAUACGUCACGGACCCCUUCAACUUGUCUCAACUUGGAACUUAUGGAAAGUAAACACAAUGAUAAAACUCCUUUUAAUUGUUCAAUUAAUAAAUGAUUAAACCAAUAGGAACUCUCGCCUGAAACCUGUACUAAGACACGUUUUUUCGUUAUGUUAACUAGGCUAGAAGAGGACAUAAAAGCUCCUGGUUGUUAAGGAUUUGUCAUUCAUCAUCCAGUGACUACAGCCUUUCAACUACAAGGUUGGUAUUUAAUAGUAUGUUAUCAAAGUAGUCUCUAGCUUUUUUAUCUGUCUACUUAUACUUUUACUAAGAGUUCGAUUUUGUUCGUUUUUCUUUUGUUAGUAAAGUAAAGUGUAAGAAUUAUUUUUAAAACCGUAUCUUUGUUUGUUUUUUUCGGCCUAGAUGGGCACGUCGAAAAAUUUCCCUUUUCCGAGUCUUUUGACUACGUGGAAGAUAUAAUUUUUGCACACGAUUUAAUACAAAGGGGAAUAGUCUCUUUUAACGUGGUAUAAGUCACUUCAUAUUACAAGGCUGAGUGAUAAAGAUAGUAUAUCAUUGAGAGCAGGCGAUUGGAUGAACUUUGAGUCUGUUCAUGUUUUCGCAGAGUUUACAAUCAUGCAAUCCUAUGUGAAGAUACCGCUGGCCACUACGUUAAGCUUACUGCUGUUACUACUGAUCACCUUUUGUUCUGCAAACGACAACAGCAGCAAACCACGUGACAAGGUGAGUUUGUUUAAUGAAAACAUAAGCAGUCGGGAGGUUUUCAGUUAAAGUAAAUUGUGGUAAGAUAAAUGAAAAGUGAUACACCUGAACGAGCUUUUUACCUACAAGGAUCAAAGGAAAUGGUUGACUUAUAGAUUGUCAGAAUGUUUGUCCAAAAUGAGAGUUUCUGCGUUCUUUUCCAUCUAAACAUUAGAAAAUAUUUCGAGGAAUAUUUCCUCACCAAAACUCAGUCAAGCUUUUUAACAAGUUAGAUUGGCUACCUAUAGAUGAUAUUAUACGUAUUAGGAAGCUUUAUAUGCUUCAUAAAAUAAAUCAAGGACAUUGCCGGCUUGUUUUAAUAAAUAUAUUGAACAUAUAAGUAACACCCAUAAUCAUAACACGAGAUCCGUUUCCAAUAACAAUAUUACAACACCAGCUUGUAAAAGGAACUCUGGCCUUCGAACGUUUCACUCAAGCGCUUGCCGUUUGUGGAACGCUCUUGAUCCCGAACCUAAGACAUUCUCCCAUACUAAUUUUAAAAAUUACUUAUUUAAUCUUUACCGUAGUUUGAUUUCUUCUCUUGAUCAUUUUAAGAUUUGUAAAACCUUUUAGUUUCAUUGGUAGUCAAUUAAUCAAUAUUGUAUUAAUAGUAGUUUAUUAUGUAAUUUUAGUUGGUAGAUUAUAUUGGUAGUUAAUUAAUUAAUCGAUACUUUUUAUUACUUUAAUUGUAGGAGGGCCAUUAUGAAAACUACUGGGUGACCAGUAAUCAAUGUCUUUACCCUCGUUAAAUAAAGUUAUUACUUACUUACUUACUUACUUAAGGAUGUUUAAGCAAAACAAAUUGGUCCUACAGGGUGAUAAUGUAUGUUGCCUUUUAAGACUUUUAAUAUUCUUUUAGAGUACACGUCAGCAGACCUCAUUAUAUGGUUCCUUUGGUCAUGGUGGGUGUUUCUGUGCUCCAGGAAUCCCAGGCAUCCCAGGAGGCCCUGGACCCGCGGGAACAGCAGGUGUUGCGGGAUCACCUGGCAAUCAUGGACCUGAAGGACCCAUGGGCCCACGAGGAAACAAAGGCGAUGAAGGGGCCCGUGGAAAACAGGGACCACCAGGUCCCAAAGGAAUUAAAGGUCCACCCGGUAACAAAGGUGAAGCAGGUCCUCGUGGCCCCAAGGGACCUCAAGGACCCUCAGGUUCAGCUGGUUCCCCUGGAAACAAGGGUGAUACAGGUGCUCGUGGAAGUCAAGGUCCCCCAGGUCCCAAGGGACCUCAAGGACCCUCAGGUUCUGCUGGAUCCCAUGGAAACAAGGGUGAUACAGGUGCUCGUGGAAGUCAAGGUCCCCCAGGUCCAAAGGGUGCUCCAGGAUCGUUGGGUCGUAAUUUAAAACAGUGCGUUUUCAAGAAUCUAAACGAUGGAAGGGACUCUGGAUUGAUCAAGGUAAAGACUCAGUUUGCAGAUAUAGAUCAGUGAUGUAAACCUGCAGUAACUUGGAGGAAAACUAAGGUCAAUUUUGAAAAAGAAAUUCAUUUACUUUUUAAUUUAUUAUGGAGAAAUUUAAUUUUCUAACAGUAAAACUGGAAUCCAUGACAGCCUUCAGCAUUGUUCAUUACGGUCAAAAGUAUAUUAGUCUAGUUGCUUUAUUUUGGUUUGUAAGUUGCUGAUUUUUUCUAUUCUAUUUUCAAAGGAAUGUAUUUUCAAGAAGAUGUCAGAUAAUACCGGGCUUCGCGUUUUCUGGAAUGGCAACCUUCGCCUCGAAGGCUGUGACAACUGCUGCAGGAGAUGGUAUUUCACUUUUAACGGUGCAGAGUGUUCAGCUCCAGCAGCCAUUGAUGGUGUAGUCUACAUGAGGUUUGGAAGGGGCAGCAGACAUAAGAAUUUGCACCGCCCACGUCACAUUGAAGGAAUUUGUGACAAAAUCCACAAGGGCACUGUACGCGUGGGUUUCUGGGUCGGCAAUUGUGCUGGUUACGGAUCCGCUGAUGCUGACAACGGCUGGAACUCAGUUUCCCGGAUCUACGUGGAAGAAGUACCUCCCCCACAGCCUUAA